AUGAGUGACGAGGAGCUCGGUCUUGACACGACUAUUCGUUGCAUCAAUGGUAAAUCUUACAUCGACAUUAGAGACAACAAAGAUGCAUCAGAAAGGGAAAUCGAGAUAGACCCUGAGACAGUUUUCAGGCUGGAGACAAUAGUAACACGGGCAAAUGUUUGUCAUCGGACCAAGGACGACAUGUACAUGGUCAAGUUUUCAUGGGGGUCAGGUACCAAACCAUCGGAGCUUGAUUAUUUGGAGCUAGCUAAACCGGUGAAUGGUGUGGUUAACUUGAAAUGGAGUAAAGAUAUACAUGAGGUUGAAACCCAUCGAACUGGGCUAGAUUUCUCAACGGCAUACAAGGUUUACUUUCGACAAAAUGAAUGGCGUCUCUCACUCGGCCGUCAUAGCAAAACAUCCAAAGCUGAACCCUAUUAUCGGAAACGUAAGCUAACGUUGGCACUGCUGUUACCGAAUGGACGCCCUCUAAAAUCCUGUCGAACGCCCCGGGAGUUCCUAAGUUGUAUACUUGAUGCCAUAAUUGGUCAUCGAGAUCUUUACACCGAUGCCAAAGUUCUACACUGUGAUGUUUCUGAGGGGAAUAUCAUUUUGAGCAAGCCUGAUGCAGACGGAAAAUCUCGCGGACUUCUUAUUGACCUGGACAUGUCUACUUCGAUCGAUGGCCAGGUGAAUGAGGAGGAGAAAAUUAAAAUGGCUGGCACCGUCAAAUACAUGGCGAUUGAAUUACUGAGGAAUAUGAACCAAGGAAACUACAGUAUUAAUAAAUCGUGUCGUUAUGAUCUCGAGUCGUUUUUUUACGUUUUUCUAAUGGGAUGCCUGCGGUACGGUUGUUCAAGUGUAAGGCCUGAAUACUUGAAAAGCUGGUACACGAAUAAUACUUCUCUGAAUUACUUCAAGAAGAAAGGAGAUAUUAUUCAAAAUUUCGAGAAAAAUAUACUGGAACACUUUUCAUCGAGUUUUGAGAGUGUCAAGGAUAUGGCAAAAGAGCUUCGGAAGAUAUUGUUUGGAGAAAAUUUAGAUCAGUUUGCCUCAACCCCUAAUUCUGGCCAACUUUAUGCUCCAAUCAUUCGUGCAUUUAAGAAUGUUAUAACACAAAUUGAUGGUAUGUAA